GUUGAAGCUGGGUUAGGGUUGCAGAAAAUUGUGGAUUAUUGGAGGUUGUUUUGGGAAGAUAGGGCUGAUAACAAGAUGGAUGGGGACGAUAAAAAGUCUGGCACUAAGAAAAGAUCGAAGCAAAUCGAGAUUGGUAUUGGUUCGAAUGAUGACGAGCCCAUUGGGUCGUUGUUGAAGUUGAAGAGGGCACGGAACCCUAAGAAGGUUAAGCCGGGAUUGGAGGGGACCGUUGGAAGGGGCAAGAGGGGUGGUGUUGGAGAUGAGGAUUUGGGGGGAAUGGAUGAUACUUUGGCGAUUUUAUGGAAGAAAUUGAAGGUUUCGAAGAAGGAUUUGGUCUCUGGGACGAUUAGGGGAAAGACUUCUGCUUCGGUUGUGAUCGAGUCUUCUGAUCCGCCUGUGGAGGAAGGUGGUUCAGAUGCAAAAUCGGUGUCAAAAGGUGCUGGGAAAGGUUCAUUAGUGGAAGAUGGUGGAUCUGAUAUGACUGUGGACAUUGGAGUAGAGAACAAGCCUAAAGGAAAGGUGAAGAGACCCAGGGUUAAUUCGAAUACGAAGACAGAUGAUGUUGGUUUGGAGUCUAUGGGAUCUGGCUGUUCCCUUUUGAAGGAUAAGAAUGUUUCGGGCGUGCUGCCUGAGGAAGGUACUAGUCAUUCUUCAAAUGAUCGAUUGGAGGACUCCUUAUCAUCACUUCUUCGCAGGGCACAAUCUGGUGUAACGAGGAAGUCUCGCCCAAACUCGAGUCUAAAAGGGAGUCAUGAUAUGAGUCGAGAUCGUUCUUCAUCAGUUGAGAGCAUGAGAUCCAAUGAUAGAGAACAGAAUAGGCCUUCCAAAGUUAUUCCAGAAUGCUAUUCCAAAGUGAUUCGUGAUGAAGCGAUGAUGGAGCGCAGUUCAACUGCUCAAGAGGGGCUUGCAGUGGAUCCAUGUAGCCCAAGUAAAGUUUGUGAUGGAGAUAGUAGGUUAUCUCCUGGCCAGAAGGCUGCCUCUGAAACUUGCAUUGUUAAGGAUGGCCUGAACCAUUGUUCUGCAGGAGAAGAAAUAACUCUAAAUUGUGGACAAAAUGAGUUUGAUUAUGAACCAUGUACGAGAGGUCAACGGCUCAUGUCUUGCUCUGACUCUGAUUUACUGAAGGAAGAGACGUGCACUAACUGUAAUGGCCCAGAUACUUACACGGAGGAGCAAGAUGACGCUUCAGGUAAUCUGCAAAAGGAGAGUGCUGUGACUUGUAAUGGCGGGAUAUCUUCAAUUCAUACCACUUGUACUGGAGCACAUGAGCUGGGGUGUAAUUUCCAGUUGAAUGGCGAAGAGAUAUCUUUGAAGACUCUUAUAGAAAAAAAUGAAUCUUAUGAUGAAUCUGCUCAUGCUAUUUAUAAGUGCUGUUCUGCAUUACAUCAAAAUCUGGAAGCUCAGGACACAACCUGUGUUUCCGUUGGUGAGGAGACUCAUGGGGGCUCUCCUCUAUCUGUGGCUCCAGAUGAAAAUGAGAGUUACCAAGAAGAUACAGUAUCUUUACCGGACACUGAAAACAAAGAGAGUAAACUAUCUGCUUAUCGUGCUACACGUAAGCAUAAAAAGCAUAGGCAUGGAGACAUGGCUUAUGAGGGGGAUGCUGACUGGGAGACUCUGAUAGAUGAGCAAGGUUUUCUUGAAGGUCAACGCCCUAUGGAUAGUGACCGCUCAUUUAGAGCGAGAUCAAAAUCCAAUCCUUCUUCAAGUAUUGUUACUGAUGGGGAAGGCAGUGGGGCAGCGGCAGUAUCAGCAGGCCUUAAAGCUCAUGCCGUUGGCCCUAUUGAGAAGAUUAAAUUUAAGGAGAUCUUGAAGCGCCGAGGUGGGCUUCAGGACUAUUUGGAAUGCAGGAAUCAGAUCUUAGGUCUCUGGAACAAAGACGUCAGUCGGAUAUUGCCUCUCUCUGACUGUGGGGUUACUGAAAAGGCUUCUGCUAAUGAAUCACCACAUGAUUCCCUGCUUAGGGAGAUAUAUGCAUUUCUUGACCAGAGUGGUUAUAUCAAUUUUGGAAUUGCAUCUGAGAAGGAAAAUGCAGAAUCUGGUCAUAAGCAAAACUAUAAACUCCUUAGGGAAAAGAAUUUUGUGGAAGGUUCUGGUCUUUCAGUUGCUGAUUCAGAGGAUGGAGUUUCUUUUAUUAUUGGUCAGGUUAAGAGUUCUAAAGCUUCAAUUGAAGCGAAGAAUAGACUUUUUUCAGAUGGUGAAAACCUGACACAUGAAGCAAUAAAAGAGCGCGAGUGUGUUCCAAAUGCAAGAAUAGAAUCAGCCAAUGAGACGGAACCUGAAGGACACUUUGGUGAUUUUAGUGAAAAUUGUAGCAUCAAUGCAAAAUUGGCGGAGAAAUUGGUGAAUUUAGAUGUUGGAAGUACUGAACUGUCUUGUGAGAUAUUGGAAGUUGACCAAGUCCCUAUCACAACGCUAGAUACAAAAAAUGAUUCAUGCCAUAUUCAACCUGCAGCUAAUGAUGGUGCUAAAAGGAAUCAUCAUCAUCUGCAACGUGAUGCAGAUGUUCCAAAGAAAAUCAUUGUUAUAGGGGCUGGUCCAGCUGGGUUAACUGCUGCACGGCAAUUGCAACGACAAGGUUUUUCUGUCACCAUAUUGGAAGCUAGGAGUAGAAUUGGAGGUCGUGUUUACACAGAUCGGUCAUCUUUAUCAGUUCCAGUGGAUCUUGGUGCUAGCAUUAUUACUGGUGUGGAGGCUGAUGUGGACACUGAAAGAAGACCAGAUCCUUCAUCAUUGAUUUGUGCCCAGUUGGGCGUGGAGCUGACCAUAUUGAACAGUGAUUGCCCCCUCUAUGACAUUGUAACAGCUCAAAAAGUUCCUUCAGAUCUAGAUGAAGCUUUGGAAGCUGAAUACAACAGUCUUCUUGAUGAUAUGAUAUUUCUCGUUGCACAGAAGGGAGAACAUGCUACGAAAAUGUCUCUUGAGGAGGGUUUGGAAUAUGCCCUCCAAAGGCGUCGUAUGGCACGAGUAGGGGUGAAUGUGGAUGAAAAAAAACAUGACCUUGCUGUGGAUGGUUUUGUGGAUUUGAAAACAAGUAGUGAUGGCAGAGUUCCUGGCAAAAAUUAUUCUACUGAAGAGCUUUUGAGUCCUCUUGAGAGAAGGGUUAUGGAUUGGCAUUUUGCCAACUUGGAGUAUGGUUGUGCCGCCCUACUUAAGGAAGUAUCUCUUCCCUACUGGAACCAAGAUGAUGUAUAUGGUGGCUUUGGAGGAGCUCAUUGCAUGAUUAAGGGGGGUUACAGCACUGUCAUUGAGUCGCUUGGAGAAGGACUUUGUAUUCACUUGAAGCAUGUGGUCACAGACAUUUCAUAUAGCACCAAGGUUUCUGGAGUUCUAGAUGGCCAGUCUAAUAAAGUAAGAGUUUCUACUUCAAAUGGUGGUCAAUUUCAUGGCGAUGCUGUCUUGGUUACAGUGCCACUUGGCUGCCUGAAAGCAGAAACAAUAAAAUUUUCACCUCCAUUACCCCAGUGGAAACAGUCUUCUGUCCAGCGGCUUGGCUUUGGAAUUCUUAACAAGGUAGUUCUGGAAUUUCCAGAUGUGUUUUGGGACGACUCUGUGGAUUACUUUGGAGCAACUGCUGAGGAAACAGAUAGGAGAGGGCAGUGCUUUAUGUUCUGGAAUGUUAAAAAAACAGUAGGGGCUCCUGUUCUUAUAGCGCUGCUAGUUGGUAAGGCAGCGAUAGAUGGUCAAAAUAUGUUUUCUUCCGACCAUGUAAACCAUGCAUUAGUAGUUCUUCGUAAGUUGUUUGGGGAGGAGAUAGUACCUGAUCCGGUUGCAUCAGUUGUGACAGAUUGGGGUAGGGAUCCUUUCAGCUAUGGUGCCUACUCAUAUGUUGCUGUUGGUGCUUCUGGAGAAGACUAUGACAUAUUAGGCAGACCUGUUGAGAACUGCUUAUUUUUUGCUGGUGAAGCAACCUGCAAGGAGCACCCUGACACGGUUGGUGGUGCUAUGAUGAGUGGGCUUCGAGAAGCGGUUCGUAUAAUUGAUAUAUUGACGACUGGAAACGAUUACACAGCAGAAGUAGAGGCAAUGGAAGCUGUACAUAGACAGUCGGAAUUUGAAAGGGAUGAAGUUAGAGACAUAGCAAGGAGGCUUGAUGCAGUUGAACUUUCCAAUGUCCUCUAUAAGGACUCUUUGGAUGGAACCCAAAGUUUGACCAGGGAAGCUCUUCUACAGGACAUGUUCUUUAAUGCAAAAACCAAUGCUGCACGGCUGCAUCUGGUUAAAGAGUUGUUGACUCUUCCUGUUGAAACCUUAAAGUCUUUUGCUGGCACCAAAGAAGGGCUAAGUACUCUCAACUCAUGGAUACUGGACUCGAUGGGGAAGGAUGGCACCCAACUCUUGCGGCAUUGUGUUCGUCUUCUUGUUCUUGUUUCAACAGACUUACUUGCCGUGCGUUUAUCUGGCAUAGGGAAAACUGUAAAAGAGAAAGUUUGUGUUCAUACUAGCCGUGAUAUACGUGGCAUAGCAAGUCAACUGGUUAAUGUGUGGCUAGAAGUCUUCCGCAAGGAAAAAGCUUCCAAUGGGGGAUUGAAAUUCUCAAGGCAAUCAGCUACAAAAUCUGUUAGAGAUCCAGCAGCUAAGCCACCUCUACACACAAAUCAUGGCGCUUUGGUGGACAGAGGAAAUAUUCAGGUUUCUGCAUCCAAUGGAAGCCAUUUAUCUUUAAGUGCAAAUGUAAAGAAAGUGAAUGGAAAAGUGGCCAAGCUAGAAUCAGCAACUUACUCAAAACCAGAAAACAAUUCUUUAAGGUCCCAAGGUUCAACAAGAAUAUUGGAUACUGAUGUAGAGGAUGGUGCUGCUAUGACAGAAGAAGAAAAAGCUGCCAUUGCUGCUGCAGAAGCAGCCCGUGCUGCUGCUCUUGCGGCUGUUGAGGCGUAUGCGUCUUCGGAGGCAAAGAGCAAUACAUUGCUGCAGCUUCCUAAGAUUCCCUCAUUUCACAAAUUUGCUAGACGUGAGCAAUAUGCUCAAAUGGAUGAAUAUGAUUUUAGGAGGAAAUUGUCUGGGGGUGUUUUGGGGAGACAAGAUUGUUUAUCAGAAAUAGACUCUAGGAAUUGCAGAGUCAGGAACUGGUCUGUUGAUUUCUCUGCCACCUGUGUCAACCUUGAUAAUUCAAGAAUUUUGGCUGAUAAUCUUUCUCAGCGAAGCCAUUCUAAUGAGAUUGCUAGUCAUUUGAACUUCAAAGAGCACUCAGGAGAGAGUGCUGCUGCUGACAGCAGCAUUUAUACAAAAGCAUGGGUUGACACAGCUGGAAGUGUCGGAGUAAAGGAUUAUCAUGCUAUUGAGAGAUGGCAAUCACAAGCAGCGGCAGCUGAUCCCAAUUUCUUUGAUCCAGUUGAUCAUGUCAGGGAUGAAGAGGAUUCAAAUGCAAGUUCAAGACAACCCACCUGGAAGUGUGAUGGACGAGCAAAUGAGAGCUCUGUUUCACAGGUUACGAUGAACAAGGAAUCUGUAAAAAGUCAUCAUCGAGGGGCAGAUCGUAUUAAGCAGGCUGUCGUAGACUAUGUUGCAUCAUUGCUUAUGCCCCUCUAUAAAGCUAAAAAAAUAGAUAGAGAGGGAUACAAGUCUAUAAUGAAGAAAAGUGCAACAAAGGUCAUGGAGCAAGCUACAGAUGCAGAGAAAGCCAUGGCUGUUUCUGAGUUUCUUGAUUUCAAGCGUAGGAACAAGAUCCGUGCAUUUGUGGAUACAUUGAUUGAGAGGCACAUGGCGUCGAAGCCGAGUAUAAAAAUGUGAUGGCCUUGAUGGUU